AUGUGGUCUCUUGGGCAGUUAGCCAUUCAAAGCGGCGGAGGUUCCCAGACCUUCUGCCGUCAGUCUGAAGGUCCGGCUAAGUAUUCACAGGUGUAUUUUCUACCUGUGUUUCUGUUCAUAAAUGGAGUGUCUCUUCAGCAGACUGUUGUGGGUUUUAUUGGAGGCUCUGCUGUUUUACCUUGUUCUUCUAAAGAUCUUCCGCAUACAAUUCAAAGCAUAGGUGUGUAUUGGAGACACAGCGGCCAGAAUGUGUAUGGCAUUAUUUAUGGUAAAGUCUCUGUAAAAGGACAGCAUCCAGAGUACAGGAACAGAACUGAAAGCUUCCCCGAGGAGUAUCUGAGAGGAAACUUCUCCAUCAAACUCAACAAUCUUCAACACACUGAUGCAGGAGAAUACAAGUGUUACAUCAUCAAGGAAUCAUUUGUCCAAAUUGUUAAGCUUUUGAUUAAAGGUGAGUAA